UCCCUCCCUCUCUCUCUGCUUACAGUACGCUAUCUAUCUUCUACUCGAAUCGCAGUCUCUCUGUCAGUAUCCACGAUAUUAGCGCUAUAAUGGCGCGAACCAUGGUACUUCUGCGUCCGAAAGAAACCGUUUCAGCGCACCUGUACCGGGCUGUGUUUAUCGCCUCGGCUUGGAUGUCACUGAUGGGACCCGUGCGAUGUGACAGCGGCGUUUUACACCGGAGCGACGGGCAUCGUAUGCUUGACAGCGGUGUCGGUGUAGGCAGAGACAGGAGAGAGGGAAUGUUCGGACAUGACUUGGGUGAUAAUGAUGGGGACGUGGAAUCCCCGCGCUUCAGGAGAGCGCUAUCCCAAGAGAAAGUGUCCCUGCUCAGCAGCUCGUUCGUGCUCAAAGGGGAUGCCACUCACAACCAGGCGAUGGUUCACUGGACGGGGGAGAACAGCAGCGUCAUUCUCAUCCUGACCAAGUAUUACCAUGGUGACUCCAGCAAGGUUCUGGAGAGUUCCCUCUGGAGAUCCAUUGACUAUGGCACCACCUACACAAAGCUCAACCUGAUGCCUGGUACAACCAUCGUGGUUUCUAACUUCUACAUCUGCCCCAGCAACAAGAAAAAGGUGAUCCUGGUGAGCUCUUCCAUUAACGAGCGGGACCAGUUGCUGUUCAUCAGUACAGACGAGGGCUCCUCUUUCCAGAGCCAGCCCCUCUCCUUCACUGCUGAGACCCUCCUCUUCCACCCUAAGGAGGAGGACAAGGUGCUGGCUUACUGCAAGGAGGGCAAGCUCUAUGUGUCCAUGGAUUUGGGCCGGAAGUGGACUCUCAUGCAGGAACGAGUAACCAAGGACAGAAUAUUCUGGUCUGUGGCUGAUGUAGAUGUGGACCCUGACUUGGUGCAUAUGGAGAUGCAGGACACAAGUGGAGGGUACCUGUAUGUAACUUGUCUGAUCCAGAACUGCUCAGACAAGAUGGUGACGGCUCAGUUCCUGGGGAAGAUCGACCACAAUUCUCUCUCUGUCCAGGACGACUACAUCUUUGUCAAGGUGACCACAGGAAAUCGCACCAAGCACUACGUCUCAUAUCGACGGAACGAGUUUGUCCAGAUGAGGUUCCCUAAAUACGCCCUACCAAAGGACGUCCACAUAGUGAGUACUGAUGAGAAGCAGGUGUUCCUGGCCUUGCAGGAGUGGUACCAGACAGACACCUACAACCUGUACCAGUCGGACCCGCAAGGAGUUUACUACUCCAUGGUGUUGGAGAACGUCCGCAGCACCAAGCAGCCUGAGGAGAGCGUCCUUAUAGACAUCCUGGAGGUCCGUGGGAUCAAGGGGGUCUUCCUGGCCAAUCAGAAGGUGGAUGGCAAAGUGAGGACUCUCAUCACCUAUAACAAAGGCCGAGACUGGGAACCGCUAGCCCCGCCUACCACUGACAUGACCGGCAAACCGGUCAACUGCAAAUCACCUGACUGUCACCUCCACCUCCACCUGCGCUGGGCUGACAACCCCUACGUAUCAGGGACCGUCCACACCAAAGACUCCGCCCCCGGACUCAUCAUGGGCGCAGGUAACUUGGGUUCCCAGCUGGUGGAGUAUAAAGAAGAGAUGUACAUCACCUCUGACUGUGGGAAGACCUGGAGGCAGGUGUUUGAGGAGGAGCAUCACAUCCUGUUCCUGGAUCAUGGAGGGGUCAUCGUUGCCAUCAAAGACACCUCCAUCCCUCUCAAAAUACUUAAGUUCAGUAUUGAUGAGGGACACACCUGGACCAUCCACAACUUCACAAGCACCUCAGUGUUCGUGGACGGACUUUUGAGCGAGCCGGGAGACGAGACGUUGGUCAUGACGGUGUUUGGUCACAUCAGCUAUCGGUCAGACUGGGAGCUGGUCAAGGUGGACUUCAGACAGUCAUUCCCCAGACAGUGUACCGAGGGAGACUACGACUCCUGGAAACUCACAGAUCUGCAGGGAGAGAAGUGCAUCAUGGGUCAGGAGAGGAGUUUCAGGAAGAGGAAGGACACUGCGUUCUGCAUCAAGGGGAAGAGCUACACCUCCGCCCUCACCGCCAAGCCCUGCCAGUGCUCCGAGAAAGACUUCAACUGUGACUAUGGGUUUGAACGUGCCCAGAGCCUCAAAACAGAGGGAGAUAGAUGCUUCGCUGACUUCUGGCACGACCCAGACUCACCGCCUGAUGACUGCCACCUGGGACACGACUUUGAGUCCAGCACUGGGUACAGGAAGGUUGUGUCCAACGUGUGUGAGGGGGGAGUGAACAAGCAGCAGAGUGCCAAGCAGCACACCUGUCCUCUGCUGCCCCCCAGAGGCCUCCAGCUGGGCAUCAAAGGACAGAUGCUGGCUGUGGCGCCUGGUGAUGACAUCACCUUCAUCGUCCACCAGGAGCAGGGUGACACCAGCAGCACUAAGUACCAGGUGGACCUUGGGGACGGGAUGAGGGCCAUUUACCAGAACCUGACAGUGACAGACAAACCCAUCCAGCACCGUUACGAACAGCAAGGGGUGUACCACGUUACCGUCAAGGCCGAGAACAUUGCCGGACACGACCAGGCCACCAUAUACAUCCAGGUCACAGCCCCUCUACAAGAAGUUCACCUGGAAGUAGUUCCCAUCGCCGGGAUUAACCAGGAAGUCAACCUGACAGCUGUGGUGCUUCCCUCUGAGGCCAACCUGACUGUCUUCUACUGGUGGAUAGGAGACAACCUACAGCCCAAGAUGUCCCUGGAGAACAGUCUGAUAACGAGGUUCCCUGAGGAAGGAGAGGUGUCUGUCACUGUCCAGGCCUCUAACGGACGCUCUAUGGUGCAGGACGCCAAGAACGUCCACGUCUACGACCGUUUCCAGGUCAUCCCCCUGGCCUUCAGCAGUAACCUGGACAAACUCAACCCCAACAUUCCAGAGUGGAGGGAGGACGUGGGUCAGGUGGUCACCAAGAUAUUGGCAAAGAUCACAGGUAUCCCCCAGGAGUCCCUGGUAACCAUGGUGAAGCGGGGCCUGCCCACCACAGCUGACCUGUACGUUCUCCCACCAGAGAGCAAGGGCGCUAAGAGGAGUGUGUUUGUGGAUAAGCGUAUCCCUGCCAUCAAGCAGGCCUUCAAUGAGAACAACGUUAGCUUCAUCGUACGAGGAGGUCUACAGGUGUUGGUGACGCUAGCUGACCCUAACGCAGGUUCUCAGGGUGGAGUGGCAGGUCCUGGUGUCUGGGCUCUGGCUGUCAUGUUCCUCAUCAGCCUCCUCGCUACCGGAUCCUUCAUCCUAUACAAGUUCAAGAGCAAGCUGCCCGGCCGGAACGUGUACGCCCAGAUGCACAACGAGAAGGAGCAGGAGAUGACCAGCCCUGUCAAUCACAGCGAGGACACGCAGCACAUCAUCCAGGGGGAGGAGUUUAUCGACGACGACCUGGACUCGCAGACUCUAGGUAACGCAGAAGGUAACCACUCGGGCGUGGUGCUGAGCAUCAACUCUAGAGAGCUGCACAGCUACCUGACAAGCUGAUGGCUGAACACGGACACACUAACCAGCUAGCCAUGCUAACGAGCACAGGGAACUCUACUCUGCCUUCCUCCUCCGUCUUGCUGUCUGACCAACCAAUCCACCGCUCCCCUUACAGAGGAAGAGAUAAACCACCCCAGUACUACAAUCUAGCAUUACUCCCUCCCUCUCUCUCCUCCUCUCCGGGAGCAGAGGGACUCUUAUCCUUCGUUCUGCUCAUCCCUCCCUCCACUGCGUUACUGUAACAUCGGGGGUGUGGGCCAACUCUGCACCCAGUGUAUCCUUGCACCCAGUGUCCAUUGCACCCAGUGUUCUUGUGUCCUUUCACCCAGUGUCAUGUCUUCUCUGUGUGUUCUCAUUGGCUAAACCCCUCUGAGACUGAUUGGACGCCACCCAGUGAGGAAAGAGAGUUCCAGUGACAUCACAGAGAGGACGCCCCGCCCACUGGCUUGCUAUUUAGAACGCUCGGUACUGUAAGACUCGUCUUUCACUGACUCUUUUUGCACACUAGGUAGUUCCCAGAUACACUAUACAGACACCUUGACUUCUUCCACAUUUUGUUACGUUACAGCCUUAUUCUAAAAUGGAUGAAAUCGU